GCGUUCAAGGAUUGCGUAGGUCACUCUGGGGGGAUACACUGUUUGAGCCAAGCGUCAUCACAGCGACUCUCCCGCCGAAUGCGUACGAUGCUACUGCGCAAUGUUGGUUUCAGGAAAUGGAGAAAAAACGCAGAAUUACCGAGAACUUUUCGGCUUCAAAUCUGUAUACAGGUGGAAGGCGGAACCAAGUUGUCCAUAGUAUAUACAGUCUAUGUGUGCAACCAACAGCUUCUUCACACCUUGCAGUUGGGACAAACAUAGGCAAAGGCGUAAAGGCCUGAUCAUCACUGGUUGUGGUUUUAAUUUACUUUUGUAGCUGAACUAAUCAGUGUAAUUGUCCUGCUUCGCUACCUGCUUGAAUCUCAAACAUUUUGAACUUGAAAUCCUACAUAUGCAAUAUUUCUAUCCCCGUAUUUGUCUCUGCUGUGUGGCUUUAAAUAGUCGAACAGGAGUCUUAAUGCUUCUAAGGAACUUCUUGAGUACAGGCGCAUGCACUUCUUUGGGGUAUUUAAAAGUGAGGAAUGUUGUUUAGAGAAAAUACCGCACUGACCACGGCGCGGGGGUUGGGUGGUCAGAUUGUCCGUUCCUUUAAUCAAGUUUUUCUCUGAGUAAAUCCAAUCAAAUCAAUCAGGGAGAGGUCCGUCAUUGUUUUCCGCAGAUAAAAAGUGACAAACCGAUGGAAUGUGAUGGUCUUACCGCGAGUCUCUCUGGGAGGAGUUAUACCCCCCAAAAAAGAGGUUUAAUACCCUCUCAGGACUGGAAACAUAAGUUUUUCAGUUGUAAUUGUUUCCCACAGAGAGACCAGCUCACUCUGCCCCACAGAGAGCUCAACCCUACCCCUCUGGUACUUUAAGACUUUAAGAGGGAUACCACGUCUCAUACUCUGAAGAAUUUCACUGGAUUUAUUUUCUCCCUCUGGAGCAGGGAGGUAUUUUUGCAUAUAAAGAAUGGGAGACUAUGAUGAAGACACUGCAUUUCUUGGACAGACCGGUCCUUACUUCUGGAUCACUUUCUUUCUCCUAAAUACAGUUUUUGUCUCAACCGGAUUCAAUGGACUCUACAUUGUGUUCGUGGGGGCAGCCCCUAAACAUCACUGUCUCAUCCCGGACGUUAACUUGACAGAGGAGUGGAAAAGUGCCAUAAUUCCUGUAACAAUAGUAGAUGGAGAGGAGGUUCAGAGCCAGUGCAGUAGAUACAAGCUGGAUGUGGUGGCAAAUCUCUCAGCUGAAGGAUACAUUCCCGGGAGGGAUGUCAACCUCACAAGCCUGGAGCAGGAGGGAUGUUUGAAUGGCUGGAGCUACAGCAAGGAGAUCUACCAGUCCAACAUCGUCACAGAGGUCAAUAUCAAUGUCCAUUUGUGUGUUUGACAUGAAAGUAGUGAAAAAAAAUCCUUUUCAUGGGGUGUAAUUUGUGUUUAAUCUUCCCACAGUGGGACCUUGUUUGUGACAAUCAGUGGAAAGUUCCCUUUGCAUCCUCGACUCUCUUUGUGGGAUACCUUCUUGGAUCUCUGAUCUCCGGCCAGCUCUCUGACAGGUACUUCAUCCUUUAGAGUCCUAACAUGUCUCACCUUUGAACCCUUAUCGUCCUUAGAUAUCUUUGUCACUGUCUAAUGGGGGUUUAUUACUUAUGAAAUGUUGCUCAUCGUUUCUCUCAUGUUGUUAAAGACGCGAGGACUUAGAUGACUUGAGGCUCUGACCUUAUAAGCCCUCAUUAAAACAACAACGGCCCCACCUACUGUUAAACUUGAUGAACUGAAGAGCACAUGUUUUCUAAGGUCGAAGUCUACCUGAGUUUGCUUUUGUGUCUUGGUCCAUGACAUCCAGUCAGGAAAAAGUCAACCCAGGCCAAUUAUUUGAUAGAUAUUAACUGUAGCUGUGUGGCCUAAAGUGACAGUGGGUGGCACCAUCAUGUCUGCUCUUUUAACCUGGUCUGUACACCUACAGUCAAGAAUCUAAAAUAUUCUUAGUAGUGUGUUUUAGAUAUUUAGACUUUUUAAUGACACCCAUGAAACUAAGUUUUAAGAUGGUGUUUGAUUUCUGCGUUGGUCGUACCACCUUUUAGUGUAAAUCUGAGACAAAGCGGUCCAAACACAAAGACUAUCAACCAUCAGAGGUGAAGUGAAGCGCUGAGUUGAUGCACCAGUUUGUUGGUGAUCUUUGGGGUUGUUGGAAAAACAGUACAGACUAAUUGGGAAGAUCUGUUAGUGUUCAUCUCUCACAAACACAACCGUCGCAUACCUUAGACUGUGAAGACGCAGGGGGCCGAGGACAAAGCAGUAUGGAACAUUUCCGUGUUGAUCUGUCCUGCUCUUUUGCAGCUGUGAAAACUAUGCGAGACAGAGGGGUGAGGGGGUUUGAUGAUUCAGUCUCUGUCUUGAUUUAGCUGUUUAAGACUUUGUACUCUUCUCUGUGUUGCCAGCAUUCAAAGAGGAGACAAUCAAUUCAAGUGAAUUAACAACAGUCCUAAUGUUUGGUGCCUGCUUUUUAUCUGUUCUGGGAUGUUAUGCUGGGACUGUCUGCAGAGGACUGAACAAGGCAAAGUUAUUGAGGAGUUAAGGGCAAAAUGUCUCAACAAGACGUGAUAUAAUAUGUUAUGCAAGUUUGGGCCUUGUUAAAUACUAAAUAUCUACAUCAGCAGUGCAGGAAUUGUAAAUUUUUACAUUUAAUGGUGGUUGUAAAAUAAUCUCGUUUGAUCUUGUUUAUCAAUGUUCUGCCAGCUGGGUAGCAAAGUGCCUCACUUGGAGCUUGUUUAUUGGCAGCAAGUGGAGCAAAGUCAACCCUCAGUUAGAUUGAAGUCAUGCAGCCAGUUAAUAACAUUCUCCGGUUUAUCAAUAAAAAAAUCUCUUUUGUUUCGUUGUUUGGCUGAGUUGUGGUGAAAAAAGUGUGAAAUCAGAGGCCUCUCUGUCAUUAUGGUUAAAUGCUCUUUGUGUAUUGCCUAACUGUUAUUUUAUUCUUUUGCAUUCAGGUUUGGGAGGAAAAAGGUUGUGUUCAUCUCACUCGCAGCACAGUGUGUCUCUGUCAUGCUGCAGUCCUUUUCUCACUCAUGGAAGAUGUUCUGCGUCAUGUUCCUCUUUGUUGGGGCCUCCCAGAUCUCCAUCUACAUCUCUGCGUUUGUACUCGGUAAGAAUCAUAACCUCAUCCUGUGUUUGGCACGAGUUCUUGUCACCUGUAUGAGAAUUCUGAUUAUUCUUUUUGUUGCUUAUCAGUAAACAUGUGUAUCUUAUUUCAUCCUGGCCAGGAACUGAGCUGUUGAGUAAAACUAUGCGAGUGAUCUUCACCACUCUGGGGGCUUUUCUCUUCUAUUGCAUUGGAUACAUGACUCUACCCUGGAUCGCAUACGGCAUCAGAGAGUGGAGGACUCUGUUGGCCGUUCUUGCCACAACUUCAGUUAUCUACAUCCCUCUGUGGUGGUAUGUUCUCCACAUUCACUGAUAUUUCUACAGAGUGACCUGCACAGCCUGCAUGUCUGCUUUUACAGACACAUCAAAUCAUACAUUUUGUUUACUUUAGUGGUAAAUGUGAACUGUUCCUGCAGGUUCAUCCCAGAGUCUCCAAGGUGGCUGAUCACUCAGGGGCGAGUGGAGGAGGCUGAGGCCAUUGUGAGAGAUGCUGCAAGGAAAAAUAAGGUUGAAGCUCCAGCGGUAAUUUUUAAAGAGUCUGAGGUGAGUUUUUAGUGAUUCGAUUGAUUUAUUAUAAUUGUGUAAGUGUAGUAUAAUCAAAUAAUGUCAUUUAAGACAUUUUUGAUGAAAUAGUUAUUUUACCUCUGAAAACAAUGUCUUCACUCUGGCUCUGUGGAUGACAGUCUCAUCCAUGUUGGUUACUGUUCUUGUUUCAUCACAUCAAUCAACAAUUGAUCAUGUAACUAAAUGGCGCCAAUAUAUGGCUUCUGACUGGGGUAAUAACCUUCAUCACAGGCAGGAAAGUAGGGAUUUAAUAAUGAACCACACAUACAGAGGCCAUAGUCAUCAAAGCAGGCAGCAUGGGGCUGACUCCAAAGAUUAAACUGGAACAGAGAAAACCUCUCCAUGAUCUGGAAAACACUUGUUUGUGCCAAGAAUUAAUCAUAAGUCACUACUUUCACAGUUCUGUAAAAAAAAAUGGAGGUUUUAAAAUUAAUAUUCAACAAGCCUGCACCAAUGCUUUCAUUGCCGAAACCAAAACAGAAUCUGUUCAUAAACUGUCUUAGAAAUGUCAUAACUGAGAUAUUGUGUGUUUGUGUUGAUUUUCGCUCCAGGCGAGGCCUCCAACCAAGACAUACACCAUGCUUGAUAUUCUGAAAUCACAGAACAUCAGGUGCAUCACGCUCAUGUGUCUCCUUUUGUGGUGAGUGGUUCUUUUCUUUCUUUCUUUGAAAUCCAACAUUAAAUGACGGCUGUCUGUCAUACUAUGUAAAGCUUGUUAUUAUUAUUCUGUCUGUAUAAAUGGACUACGUUAGUAACAAAAACAUCAGAAGACUUGAUACUCAUAAAAGUCCAUGUGUCUUUAAUUGUAUUUUUCUCCUUUUUCAGGAUGGCGAUAAACAUCGGGUACUUUGGAUUAUCCCUGAACACCUCCAACCUGAGCGGCGAUCCCUUCAUGAACUGUUUUCUGUCAGCUGCUGCAGAGGUUCCCGCCUAUGUGGUUUCCACUUGGCUACUGAAGAAAUGUCCAAGAAGAGUGCUGCUGUCAACGUUUCUCAUCAUCGGGGGAGGAGUUCUGCUUCUCAUCCAGUUCAUCCCUGACUGUAAGACUUUACGAAUCUCAUCAUAAAACACAUUUAAGUAGUUAUGAAGACUUCAUUAUGACCAAAUAGGCAGGAAACAGGUCAGCACAGACCUUUUUGUAUUGAUAUCUCUUUGUAAUUCAUAAUGCAUAUAACAUGAAUACAUCCUUUGGGUCAUUUGGGCAAGAAAACUCUGUUAAAGGGUCUAUUGACUGGAAACUAGAAUCUUGUUUUUUUUGUUCCCCUUUCUCCUUAGUCAGAGGUAAUGUUACCCUGAUAAAAAGCCUCUCUCAAAAUGUCUGGAAAGGCUCUUGUCAAAGAACUCUGCAGAGGCAUAAGAGGCAUAGCGCAAGCUGCUUAUUUCUGCAAAGCUGUACUUAUGACCGUUUCAUCACAUGGUAUAUUUCUGUUGUUGAUUGUGAAGUCCAGGUCGGUUCAGGUUUAACAGUGCAUCAAACUCGAAGUCAAAGUAGCACAAGUAAUAAAGUUAUGUAUGUCCAAUUAACCUAACAAAUACUGUGUAUUGUUAAAUUCAUGUUCUUCACUCUGGUUAUGAUAGAAUUAACAUUUUUGACAUAAUUUCAAUGAAUCCAUACAUGAUAUUAAACCAGCGCCAUGUGAGCUUGUUAAACUGACACCAACGCUAAAAUAGCAUUGAGUAUUUUGUAGUAAAAUAAUAACAUGUAAUUCGUCUCGACUAUAUUAAUAUCUGUCUUCUUUCUAAUUCUGGUGAUUUUCCAGUGCGUCAACAAAUUGGUGGUGAAUAACCAAAAUCUUCACAUUUCCUCUCCUCUGUAGCUCUUCAGUCCGUGGCUCUGGCCCUUGAAAUGACUGGCAAGUUUGGCUUCACCAUGGCUUUCAGCAUCGUCUACAUCUACACAGCUGAGAUUUAUCCCACUGUACUCAGGAAUGUCGGCAUGGGGAUGUGCUCCUCAGCUGCCCGUAUCGGCAGUAUCACAGCUCCUUAUGUCAUCUAUUUAGGUAUGAAGAUGUUGAGUGGAGCGCAAAUAUAAAAAGAACAAAAGAGCCUGCACAUAGUGAGAAAUCAGUGCUCAUGAAGCCAUGUUUUCAGCAUUGUUUAUCAUUUAACUUCAUGUAAAACCUUGUUCUCUUAUCAUUUGUAGGUACUUAUAAUAAGAUUUUGCCAUAUAUUCUCAUGGGGAGUUUGACAAUUGCCUCCUCUGUGGUGAAUUUCUUUCUUCCGGAGACCCUCAGCAAAGAUCUUCCAGAGACAGUGGAGCAGAUGCAGGAAUGUCAGGGGUGAGUACAUUUCUCUCAGGUUAUUCUGGAUCAUACAUGUCAUUUUUUUAUUUUUAACAGCUAUUUAUUUCUGUAGAUAUAUUCAUCUUUUUUUUUGUUUUUGUGGUAACCUUAUCACUCAUCAGUUAUUUCACCACAGUGUCUCUUUGGCUAUCAGGUUGUGCAGUGGACCCAAAAAGAAGAAAUAUGUUGAAAAUGGAGGGAGGGGAAGUCCAGCUCUCCAUCAUGAGGCUAAAUCUGAUGUGCAGUCUCUUACUGCCUAAUCCAGACAGGCAGAGAGAAAAAAAAGAAAACUGAAGAAACAUUGUGGUUGCUUGAAAAAAAAAAGAAAAAACAAAAAGAAAAAACAAAAACGGAAAUCUAAGAAGAAAAUCAGAAACAUGCACAGCUGGAUCAAAAACCAGCCCCAACCGUGUGUUUCUGUUUUCUUUUAAACAUUGUUGAAGAACUCUAUUUUUGUACUCAUUCAGUAGUUGUUCCAGAAACUUCUCUAGAAAUGUUGAAAAGGAAAAUGUCAUCAAUAACUGUUUAAAAAAAAAAUCAAAAUUAAAUUUUUAUUAAAACUUUUUUUUCUCAAUGUUUUGAAACAAAAAUAAAAGGCUUUUUUCUAUUUGCCUUUGAAAA